AUGGCACAGCCCGCAAUCCGCUAUCCCAGCCAGGACCUGGCAGGUAUCAACUUUGCAGGUAUCAACUUUGGCCAGGCCAAGCUGGCCCUGGAGCAGCGCUUCCUGGACGAGCGCAACCAAGCAGCCAGCAAGGGCAUUGAUGGUGGUGCCCUUGCAGCGAAGAAGCAGAAGAUCAGCUCGAUUGCUGCUGAUCAGCCAACGGCUCUACUCAAUACCGGUAACCGUAUCCCUCUCCUCGGCCUGGGUACGUUCAAGGCCGACGAGCAGACCACCAACGAAGCAGUGGCUGCCGCCUUGAAGGCAGGCUACAGGCACAUCGACUGUGCCAGCCACUACCUCAACGAGCCAGCCAUCGGCAACGGCCUCCAUGCAGCCUUGAAGGCCGGCCACGCCAAGCGUGAGGACCUCUUCAUCACGUCCAAGCUGUGGAACACUGACCACGCGGCAGAGGAUGUGCGCCCAGCACUGGAGGCCACCCUCCAUGACCUGCGCACCCCAUACUUGGAUCUGUAUUUGAUCCAUUGGCCAGUCACAGAGCCGCAGAAGAAGGGUGACAGGAUUGACCCUGGCAUCAAGGAGACAUGGGCAGCCAUGGAGAAGCUGGUGGACGCUGGCCUGGUGAAGAAUAUUGGCGUGAGCAACUUCUCCAUCAAGAAGCUGGAGGAGGUCCUCUCCUUCUGCCGCAUCCGCCCAGCAGUCAACCAGGUUGAGGUGCACCCAAUCUGGCGCAACGAUGAGCUCAUCGCGUACUGCCGCGAUCAGAAUAUCCACGUCAGCGCCUACUGCCCCUUGGGAACUCCCUGGACGAGCGCAAAGGCCGUCAUCCGCCGAGCGGACCCGGCCAGCAAGCACCCGGUCAUCAAUGAGAUUGCCAAGAAGUACAACAAGCACAGCAAUCUGGAGGAGGUGCUCAACUUUGAGCUGUCCAAGGAGGACUACAACCGCAUUACAUCUAUUGACUUCCAGCUGCGCCUCGUUGAUGGCAUCCGUUUCCUGCGCCCCGAGGGCCCCUACAGGACGAUGAAGGACCUGUGGGAUGAGGACCAGACGGACGCGUGCCGCCUGCGCUUCAUCAACUCCAUGUACAAGUUCCCCAGCACGCCCGCUGUGCAACUCUCCAGCGGCCACCGCAUGCCUAUCCUGGGGGUGUCCACCUGGCUCAAGCACAAAGUGCAGGAGACUGUCGAGCUCGCCCUGCGCUCCGGGUUCAGGCACAUCGACGUGUCAUCGCAGCGAGGAAACGAGGCCGAGAUCGGCAAGGCGAUGUCCGAGAUCUUUUCCGACUGGCUCGUCAACCGCCCCGACACCUGGAUCACUGGCAAAGUGUGGGCCGACGGCGAUGCUUGCCCCACACCCGACCAUGUGCGCCGCCAGCUCAGCGCCACUCUGGCGGCCCUCAAGGUCGACUACCUUGACCUCUGCCUGCUGCCCGCCCACGACGACAGCGCCGCCUUCAAGGCUGCCUGGGAGACAAUGGAGUCUCUGGUGGACGAGGGCAAGCUACGGGCCAUCGGCCUGCAGGACGCAUCUGUCGAGCAGCUAACCGAGGUGAUGGGCUCCGCGCGCGUCGCCCCGGCCGUCAACUCGGUGGAGGUGCACCCCGGCAACCGCAACGACGAGCUGCUCGCCUUCUGCAGAUGCCAGGGCGUGCACGUGAUGGCUUCUUCCUGGCCGGCGACUGCCUACAUGCUGCACCGCAAGGAGGUGCCCGCUCUGCUGCGCGCUCCGCUCGUUGCCAGCAUUGCGCGGCGGCUGGGCAAGCGGCCCGCGCAGGUGCUCAUCCGCUGGGCGCUGCAGCACGGCACUUCUGUCUCCCCCAAGGCCGGCUCCCACGAGCACGUCCAGGGCAUCCUGGAUGUGCUGAAUUGGGAUCUUCCCGAGGAUGACUACCGGGCACUCGCUCGCCUCCCCCGCGAGGUUAUGUCAUCCGAGGUUGCCAAUGUGUCACACCCCGCCGGCGUGCUGUUUGCCGCCGAGGCCUGA